ACCAAAAUGCCUUUUGAACUUUCACCACCACUGUCUUCGCCUGGUUUGCCACUGUCCACAAGGAGUUUACAUUGUAUUUGCCUUUUCGUUUUGACAACAUGAAUAUACCAGUUAUUGAUUUUAGUGCACACACAUUAGGGUGUAAAGAUGCUUUGGAUGAAAAUUUGACCAAGGAAUUUCGAACAGCAUUCACUGAAGUGGGAUUUGUCUAUCUGAAAAACACUGGAAUAACUCAGCAAGAGGUGGAUGCGGUUAUGGACAUUUCUAAGAAAUUCUUCCUUCAAUCAGAAGAAUUCAAACUUCCUUAUAGCAGGAAAAGUUUUGUUGACAAUCUUAACCAUGGAUGGGUGUCUUUCGAGACUGAACGGCUAAAUCCACGACGACCAGGAGACCUAAAGGAAGCAUUCAACACUGUAUCUCUUCGGACUGAUAUAAAAUGGCCGUCGACUGAGCGUGUCACAGGGUUCAGGGAAAUCCAGACAUCGUUCUUCAUGCGCUGCAAAGAGCUUUCUCUUGGUGUCCUCAGGGUCAUGGCUCACAGUUUGGGCCUGGAGGCCGACGUGUUCGUCAGUGCACACAAAAACAUAGGGAGUGAUGAGAAUGGUAGUACCCUGCGGUCCCUGUACUACCCCCCUGUGAGGAGUGAGAGUGUGAAGGAGGGACAGCUGCGCUGUGGAGAACACUCGGACUAUGGCAGCAUCACACUGGUCUUCCAAAGCCAUGAGGGAGGCCUGCAGGUUCUAAGUAGGUCUGGAGAGUACAUCUCUGCUCCCAGUAUACCCAGCACAGUCCUAAUCAAUAUUGCUGACCUGAUGCAGAGAUGGACCAGUGAUACGUUCAUCUCAGCAGUCCACAGGGUUUUGCUUCCUCCUACUGGAGACUCCAGUACGCGCCAGUCUCUGGCUUUCUUCGUGCAGCCGGAUAAUGAGGUUCUUGUGACUUGUUGCGAUGGCUCAAAUAAGUAUCCGCCUGUCAAGGCUGGAACCUACCUCACUGAACGCUUAAAUGACUCCUAUUUAAAAAAUUGAACGUUACCAGUGCUCAGUUUUAAGCAAGUUUGUAAAUAUAUUUACAAUGACAUCAUAUAAUUAUGUUAUGUAUUUGACACCGAAUCAUAGUAAUUUAACCAGUCUUCCUAAGCUUUUGUUACAUGCUGAAAAACUUAAGUUUCAAAUUUACUGAAUGUGGUUGUUUAAAUAUAUUCUCUCUUUAUAUUCUGUAUUAAUGUUGACCAGAUUUGUGCAUUUUAACUUAAUGCCAAAAGCUCAAUGUGAGUUCCUCACAUUUAAAGAACUACAAAUACAAAUGUAAACUGAAUUGGAUUAAUAUUCAGUACAGAGAUAUUGAUUUGAGGCAAGCAACUUUCAAAUGGAUUAACAGAAUAUUAACUGGUAACUGGGCCUUUCAUAGUCUUUUGAACAGUGGUAGCUGGUGCUUUUAUUUCCAGGGGGGGCUAUAUUGUGCUCCGAGAGCCUAGCCUUGCUAGGGGGGUCCGUGGUCAUGCCCCCCGGAAAAAAAAUGCUAUCUCAACACCAGAAAGCAGUAUUUUGGUGCAUUCCAAAAUGUAUUUACUAAUUUGUAAAUUGAAGUGCUGAAAACGAACAAGUGUAUUGUCUUCCCCUGUCAUUCGACUGUCGCUGAAUUAAUAGACCAAUUUUUUGUUUGUAAACAUUCGGGAUGCGCGCGCAAUGUCGCUGCAGAAAACUGGGAAAGGAUAGCAUUUAAAACGACAAAAGGACCACACGGAUCAUACAAAUAGUUAGAUUUAAAAAAGUCGAGGAUGACAGCUUUAAUGCGAUUCCCCAUUGAUCUGUCCUAUCAACAUUUUGAUUUGGGUCACGAAAGUCUUGAAAUUUGAGUGAGAAUGUUGCCUGGUAGCCUACAGAUCGCAUGUCUUCACGUCAUUUCACAGUUCAUAAUUUUACAGUUUUCAGUAAAUUCUACAUCUAAAAAGUCGAGCAGGGCAGCCUUCAAGAGAUAUUGAAAUUCUGCUUUUAGCCAGCUGGUCCGAUUAUUUUUGUGAUUUGUUUAAACUGGCAAUCUGAGUGAGACUGCGUCCCCGUUACACUGUUUUUGAGUUUGCCUCAUUCAGACUAGUCGCUCACUGGCAGUGUACACAAUGUUGUACUUCACUCCAUUCUACAACAGAAACGUCAGGCAGGACUGCAUCUCGUAGAUACGAGCCGGCUGAAGAUAACAAGCAUCUCGGAUUUCUUUAACCAAGCCUGUUUCAUCAUUUGCCUGAGAAGCGACCUCCGUUAGCCAGGCUAGUUUUGCCCGAUCACUUGGUCAGGCUAUUUAAAGGUAUCGGGGUCAAGUGACUUUUGUGCAUUGACAAGUGAAACAGUUGUCAAAACAGUUGAAAAGUUCGUCUUUUGCAACCGACAUGCGCAGUUGAGCCAGGUGACAGUCGUGUGACGUAGGAUGAAAAUUGGUCAAGCCGAUCAGGUCCAAGCUCCUUCACUUUGAGCUUUUCUUGAAAAUUUCUUUUUUCAAAGGGCGUAUUUUUAAGCGCCUUGACUGAAUUGCAAGUUUCCAUCAUGACGUUAGCUAGCUAGCUAGCUUUAUACCAUUAGGUGAAAUCAGAGACAUUCUUAUUCGUACCUCCGUUUAGGCUCCGCGUCAUAUUUAGGGACCGGGGUAAAAGAGUAGACUCCGAAUGUUUCUUCAAUAUCUUUGUCAAAAUUGACCAUACAAACUUCAAACUUGUUGCUCAUUCUUCUACUACUGACUGACCAAUUUGUCCAAGCUUUGGUUUGGUGAUAAUGUUGAUUAUUGAUUAACCCUUGGGACUACCUCCUUGUUAUGAUCAGUGGCCUAUGCUCUUUUGUAAAGCUUUCUCUUGGAGGUCGCUUUGGAUAAAAGCGUCUGCUAAAUGCAUAAAUGUAAUGUAACCCAUAGCCAAUAAAUCAAUAAAAACACACAUUUUCCAGUAGCCU